AUUCAGAUACAGUCACUGCUACCCAUGCUCACUACCCUGACUUUGACGGGUUGAAAAUGCCUCCCGUACCCGUCAAUAGCAGAUCAGGACCCUUCCCAGGCAUUCCUGGGUUGUCGCCGUGACGCGCGCUCUUGCCCCCGCCUGCCAGCGUUGGAGCGCCCUGGUCGUACGUCGGCUCUCCGCGUCCGAACCGAUACCGACCAAAACAAUCGUAAUUGAUCCAGCUUUCAACUCUCAAAAGACGAUCAGCUGUAACGAGCGACCAUGCUUCGCACUAGAAAACAGGCAGCGGAUCAUGUCGAUACCCGAUCUCCACAUCCUUCGAAGCGGCGCCGUGUGGAGGGCGGCGUGUCGCGUGUCGGAACGCAGUUGAAGGACGCGAAACAACCAUUUGCGACAUCGGCAAGGAAGUCAGAUCUUGUCGUGGAGCAAACGCGCAAGAACCAUCAGGAAGAAGCGCGGAUCGGCAAAGAUGCGAGUGGGCGUGCACGUGGAAGGGCGGGUAAGAGAACGGUACCGGUUACGCGAACGGUAAAGCACACACCACAGCUGGAAGAGAACCCUCGAAGGUCCUCCUCCAAGGAACGGGAACCAUCUGCGUCAAAGCACGAUGACACCACCGUGUCGACAAUUCCUCGACGUGGCCGAUCACGACAUACGAACCCAGACGUCGUCGACAUCGGUACAAGUCGUCCGAAAGCUGAAGUCAUCAUCAAACCUUUAACCGCGAAGAUGAAAGCCAAGUACGCAAAGGUGGAGCUCCAACCCUCAACCGAGCCAGGCGGCGAGGAGGGGGUGGUGAAGCGGAAGCGCGGGAGACCGGCUAAUGUCAAAGUUGGCGAGGACGAUGCCGGUACACGUAAAGUUGGAAGACUGCCAAAGAAGCGUGAUGUUGUCGACUCCAAAGACGCACCACGUCGCCGCGGUCGUCCGUCUCGUACGUUGCGUACAUCUAGUUCCCGACAUGUGGAUGAAGAUGUAGAGGACGAGUUGGUCGCAGGGAACAACGACGCUGAAGAUGAUAUUGCGGUCGUCACUCCCAUUAUGCCACGUCGUUGUGGUCGUCCGCCGAAAAAGCGCGUGACGGGGUCUGAGGGGACGAGUGCGCCGGAGGUGGGACCGCGCAAAUCCAGGAGACAAAAGGUGACGGGAGAUCAAGAGGACGAGGUCGUUGCGGGGGAAGUGAAGAGGAAGACGCCUCGACGGCGAAAUAAGGGGAUCGGAGAGGAUGAGUUGGCCGCCGACGUGGAGUACAACAUUGAAACCAUCCCUACCCCCCGAAGAGGAAGCACGAGUACUCUUCAGCCAGACGCCGAGGCAGCAAGUGAUGAAGAUGCACAGAGAUCUAAGCACCCGCGACGAACGGUGGUGAGGACGAGGACAAUGGAGUCCAUGCCGAAUGACCUUGUGUCAUUGUCUCCGCCUGCGCAAAGUGGGUUCUCUUCCUCAAUCGAUGUUGAGAUUAGAGGGAACGAAGGGGAUUCAGACGGUACCUCAAGGGGCUCGUCCCCUAACGACGACGAGCAUCAAAACACCAACAAGCUCACGUCGGCUCGGAUCCUGGUCACAAAACCAAUCCUGUCACCUCCAUCGGCCGCUAAGACGAACAAUCCUGACUCGUGGGAUACGACACGUCUGUUAACGGACCGCCGAAGUCUUCUCCUCGAUAUGAACAUACACAGUCUUUUCACUCAAGAAGUAUGGAACCAGCUUCCCGCAUCAGCACGACAAGAAUGUUUAGAGCUACUACCGGACAUCGACAAAGUCUACCCUGAAGACGCCGAAGAGCAGACCGAAUCCUCAGGAGCCGAGCUUCGCUCCGAUUUCCUCCAAUACAACUCAUUCUUGACUGAAGCCAUCGAUGACUUCACCGCAUGUCUCUCCUCAGGCGCCUACGCCCCUUCCUUCCUCCGCUCCGCCCUCGUCACAAACGCUGCUUGCGCCGACGGCCUAUACGACUCCUGGAAAGACUCUCAAUCCGAAUCCUACUGGGGCCAGAAACAGCGCUUGGACAAUCCGGCGCUGGCUGGGGAUGCGAAGGGUGUUAAGUUGGGGGAUGUAGUAAGGGGGAGUAAUGGGGUUGUCGGCGAUGUAUGGGUUUAUGAUCGAAUAUUUACUUCGAAGAAGGGGGAGAUGCGGAUUGGUGGGAAGAGAAAGACGAUGGAUACUAUGCGUGUGAGGAAAGAGGUUACGCUGACUGCGAUUGAUCCGCUCACGUAUGCACUCACCUUCUCCGCACCUGAAGGGCAAGAGGUUUACCCCAGUGCUGAUACAACCAUGGUCAUGAUUCCGGAUGUUUUAACACCGAAUAUGCUGGAACAUCGGGUGUUGGAUAUUCAUGGAAAGCUGGAGAGGAAGGAGAGACCGAAUGGGAAUGCAUGGAAGUGUUUCAGGGUUCGGAGGAAUGAGCAUGAUUUGGGGACGUUGUUCGAGAUUAGGCAGAGGUGGUAUGGAUCUACGUUAGUGGAUAGGUGAAGGACGACGUCAGUGAAGGAGUGAAGUGUCCCGAGGACGACGUUAGUCAGAUAAAUCUGCUUCAUAACGAGUUGGCCAUAG